GUUCAUUCACAAAUCACAUCCCAUCAUUUGUGUUUUUCUGUAUGAAAAGUGAAAGUUAAGAUGCAAUAUUCUUCAUCUCAAAUCCAUUUUCUGUCACUAUUCCUCCUUCUCAUCAUUGUACCUUCAUAUUUUUCCUUCCCUCUUGGCCAUAACCAUAACCCAGAGGAGCCACCUGUACUUGAUCAUCAUCAAAAAACCUAUACUGGUCAUAAUUUUUUGAGACCCUACCCUACAAUAUUAAGGACAAGCAGGAGGGAGCUUAUUACAGCCAGUGCUUCAUCCAAGGUUGUUUUUAAUGUGCAUGAUUUUGGAGCUCAAGCAAAUGGAGGAGAUGAUACCAAGGCAUUUAGGAACGCAUGGAAGAAGGCAUGCUCAAAUUCUGAAGGAAAAACUGUUGAGCUCGUGGUCCCUAAGAACAGAAACUAUCACAUCAAACCAAUUACAUUCUCUGGUCCUUGCAAAUCUCAGGUCACCUUUAAGAUUUAUGGAACGAUCAAAGCAUCACCAUUUCUAUUGGAUUACGAAAGGGACAGUAGCCAUUGGAUUAUGUUCGAGAAUUUGCAGAACUUUAAAGUUGAAGGUGCUGGCACUGGCAUCAUCAAUGGAAAUGGAAGGAAAUGGUGGGAGAAUUCUUGCAAAGUUAACGAGUCCCUUCCUUGCACGAGCGCACCAACUGCUGUGACUUUCUAUCAGUGCAAUAAUUUGGACGUAGCAAAUCUGAGGUUCCAGAAUGCACAGAGAAUGCAUCUGACGUUUCAGAAAUGUGCGCUUGUAAAAGUUUUGAAUCUCAUUAUAACAGCACCAGGGAACAGUCCUAACACCGAUGGAAUCCAUGUCACUGAAACACAAGAUAUUCGCAUAAACAGCUGCCGCAUUAGGACAGGUGACGACUGUAUUUCGAUAGUAAGUGGGUCAAGGAAUGUUCAAGCUAGCGAUAUAACCUGCGGACCAGGUCAUGGAAUCAGUAUUGGAAGCUUAGGAGCUGAAAAUUCAGAAGCUCAGGUUUCCGAUGUGGUAGUAAGUAGAGCGAACCUUAUAGGCACCACUAAUGGAUUAAGAAUCAAGACUUGGCAAGGAGGUUCUGGUUAUGCAAAAAACAUCAGAUUCGAAAAUGUUCUAAUGCACAAUGUCACCAAUCCCAUAAUCAUAGAUCAACAUUACUGUGAUCAGGAAAAACCAUGCCAAGAUCAGGCUUCAGCUGUAAAAGUAAGCGGAGUGGUAUACCAAAAUGUGAAAGGCACAAGUGCUUCUAAAGUGGCGGUAAAUUUCGAUUGCAGUGAGCGCUUCGGAUGUCAAGAGAUUUUGGUGCAAGACGUGAACAUAGUACCUCUAAACGAUGAAGGAAUUACGACAGCUUCUUGUCAGAAUGUUGGAUUACGCGAUAGAGGGAUAGUUUCACCAAAAUGCUCUUCCCAAAAGUAGAAUCCAUUGAUUAAUGUAGACCUUUGGGUUAUUGAUAUUUGUUGAAGGGAUAUCAUGAUUAUACGUGCCUUACUAAAUUAGGAUUACUUUCUAUCGUUGUAAUAGAAGAAGAUUGUUCUAGAUUGCUAGUUCUAAUUAGAAUAGGAUUUCUUGUACUCAAAGAUUAUGUACUUGUACUCCUUAUAUAUAGAGGCUCCUAUUAUCAAUAAAAUACACAUCUAUUCUCCCAA